AUGAAUCCUGAAACAGGAUUAUGUGUUUAUUCAUGCAAAGAUUUUAACUUCUUUGGUUUGUUGCAGAAGAUAUUUGUAAUCAAGGGCCAAUUGAAAACAAUUUAUUUAUCAUGGGCAUUGGGGCAAUAUUGCAUAUAUACAGUCUCUAAAUUAGAGCUUAUUGGUAGCAUUGAGGCUGAUUCUGAAUGGCUUAAGUUUGACUUGAUAGGUCAAGAUGAUUCUAUUUCUCCUUCCUCUUCCUCUCAAAUCACUCCGCCUGAUUCCCAACCCACGGCGGUGGUUGUCAGCCCUUGUGCUGCUUGUAAGAUCCUCCGCCGGAGAUGUGCUGGUAAAUGUGUUUUGGCCCCUUACUUUCCUCCUACUGAGCCUCUUAAGUUUACCAUUGCUCAUCGUGUUUUUGGAGCUAGCAAUAUCAUCAAAUUCCUCCAGGAACUACCCGAGUCACAACGAGCAGAUGCAGUAAGCAGUAUGGUUUACGAAGCGAACGCAAGAAUAAGAGAUCCAGUUUACGGAUGUGCAGGAGCAAUAUGUCAGCUUCAAAAACAAGUGAAUGAGCUGCAAGCACAACUAGCCAAGGUCCAAGCCGAACUUGUGAAUAUGAAGUGUCAACAAGCCAAUAUUUUGGCCUUUGUUUCUAUGGAAAUGGCUCAUUCUCCUACAUCCAACGCAUCAUCUCAGUCGCAAUCACCGGAACAUCCCAACAGUUCGAGUAAUAAUGCUUGCUUCAUCGAUGACAAUAACUUAGGAGGAUCACUUUGGGAACCUCUUUGGACAUGAGUUCAAUUGAGUUUUCAACUUCUUCAUGGUGGAUCGGGUGGAACAAAUGGAUGCGAGUCACGGGUGAAUUUAGAAUAUUAUUAUAAGAUGAGUCGAACGCUCAUUUGUACAUGUGUAAAAUCCAACUCAGUUACUUUUCUAUCUUAUAUGUUACAUAAUUUAAUAUUAAUAGGAUUUUAUUUGAAGCUCGAAUCUAGAUUCUCUUAAUUCAAGUAUUGGGUAAGAAUCAGUAAUCCAUCCAAUCACAACUUGAUCCAUUGACAUCUUUACUCCUAACUUCAAUCUUAAUAUAGCUAUGAUGAGCAUAAGAGAAUUUGGGGAAUCUUUAAAU